AUGCGAUUUUUGGCACGUUCACCAUUAAGCCAAGGAUUAAUAUUAUCCGGUCCUAUUAAAAGAACUAGUUUUUCCAAUAAUCAUUUAACUAACCUGCACAAAACCGAUGCCAUACCAUUUGCUUCAUCAUCCGAUGAAGAAGACGACGUAAUAGUGGGACAAACAUUAGUAGAAAUAAAUACACCUUCAAUGCAUUUCGAAGAUGAGCCACCAACACCUGCUCCAAGGAAAUUGAUGUCAAUAUAUAAUGAAAGUAAUAAUCAACUAAAAAGGUCAGAAGAAGAGGAAAACAAUUUUAGUUCGGAAGAAAUAAGUGAAGAGGAGGAGGAUGAUGACGAGGAAGAAAUAGAAUUUAAAAGAAUACAGGACAUGGAAGAGAAAUAUUUACAGCAAAAUUCGGCAAAAACUUUAAAGGAAAUAAAUAGUGUGAGCAGUAUUAGAAGUUCUCCUGCAGAGAAUGAAAUAGAUAAUACAGAAAAAGAGACUGAAAAUGAUGAGUUUCAAACGGAAAGCGAAAAUGAAAGAGAAGAGGAACAAAAAUCUGAUUAUGUACAAGAAACAGCUAUAAGAGAAGAAAGCCCUGAAAGGAAUCAAUCUAAUAAACAAGUUCUCUAUUCCGAAAGCACAUCUGAACUGUUUGAAAAUUCAGAAACACAAAUCACACUUAAAGAUAAUAGCUUAGAGUCUCAGGCACAAAAUAACUUAAUGCAAAUAAUACAAAAUUCUUUAACAAAUUUACAAAUUUCAUCAUUAAAUAAUAAUGAAGAACAUUUCCUAAAUCAAAUACAAUCUAUAUUAUUAAAGGAAGGUGUUAAUGAAACUAUUACAGCGACAAAUAUAUUAAAUCCCGAAAAAAUUGCCUUGGCUGUUGUAAAUGCUUUCAAAACUACGGGAAUAACAAAUUUGAUGUCUCUUAGUAAACAGGAAACUAAAAAUGAAGAAUUAAUAAAGUUAACACAAGAAAAUAAUUAUAAAGGAGAUCAAGAAAAGACUGAAACUGAUGAAGCAAAUAAAAGCAAAGAAAGUGAAAUUGAAAUUGUUGAGUAUAAAGAUGAUUAUGAAGGAGAAGAAGAGUUUGAAGUAGAGGUAGAAGAAAUUCAAAACAAUGAACAUGUUCCUAAUGCUGACAAUGAUAAUUACGAUGACAAUGACGAUCAGGAUGUUUAUUACAAUGCUCAUUUCGAUUAUCGAAUAACUAGCAAAACUCCGACUAGUUUUAAUUCUGAUGACUAUAUAUUUCAUGCGAAUUUUAUAAAGCAAUUUCAUCGAACAAAUUCCACUGAUAAAUUAAGAGUUAAACCACAUCCUCGUAAGAGUAUGAGCUUCUCCAAUGAGCGCAAAUCAUCUUCAUCAUCCUCAUCAUCAUUUACAUCACUAUUUUCACUUGUCUCACUUUCAAAUUCCGACAUUUCUGGAACUUCAGUAUCCGAUUCAUUCUCAAAAGAUUCAUUCGCAUACCGUUCAUCAUCCGAAUUCUCAAAGUCGGUCAUAAUUAAGUGCAAACAGUUAUUACAAGACAUCGCUAUCUAA